AUGCGUGGCUCGGGCUGCCUGCUAUUUUUCGGAGCCGCGGUGCUGGUCUCUGUCGGCGCCAGCGAUCAUGAUUCCCUCCAAGAUGAUAACGGCCGAAAGUUGGCCGAGCUGUCACAUCCCCUUUCGGCCGGCAUUCGCGGGUCCCACGCCGACGACCUCCCCCGCAAGCGAUCGUGGCGGAGAGAGUUGACCAACAACGGCCAUGGCGGCAAGAGCGGGCACAAGAGAUCCAGCGACAGCGGCAGCAGCGGCGAAGGAGAAGAUGGCGGUGGGCGUCACCACCGUGGUGGCGGUAGAGGAAGUGGUGGGGCUGGCUUCCUCUGCGAGAACGGUAUCCUGGAAGACGGAUACUGCUGCUCGAAAAUGUGCGGCGAGGGCGGGUGCGGUGGUACCGGUUGCGGUUCGAGGAACGACGUGACGACGGCGGACGACUGUUGCUUCUCCCACAUCACCGAACCCUGCUCCGUCAAAGGCUGUGCCCCAUGCAUGAUGGAUGAGGAUGACCUAGAGACCGACCCAGAGAGCGAACCAGAGCAUGAAGAUGAACGCGAACACGAACGUAAACCUGAACCUGAACGUGAGCCGAAACGUGAAAAACGUGGGCGCAAACGCAACCAAGAAGAUUGCGAUGAAGACAGUGAAGACGAAGACGGCGGAGACGAAGAGAACGACCCAGAACCUGAAGCAGACCGCGAUCCAGAAAGCGAGCCUGAGCGCAAGCCUGAACGCGAACCUAAGCGCAAGCCUGAACGUGAGCCGAAACGUGGAGAACAUGGACGCAGAAAGAAACCCAACCAAGAAGAUUGCGACGAAGACAGCGAACAAGAAGACGGCGGAGAGGAAGACGGCGGAGAGGAAGACGGCGGAGAGGAAGACGGCGAUGAGGAGUCUGACGGCGACGGAAGCUGCUGCAACAAGACAUCCGAACUACUGCGCGUUGUAGUAGAUGACGGAGUACAGGAGGAGGUCUACAGCAAUGGCCCCAUCAGCAUCUUCGCGGGCUGCAUGGCUGACAAUGAAGCAUUCCCUGCGAGGGUGAUACUGAGUGUAUUAGUGACGCCAGGGGACUCCGACUCUGAAAUGGAGUACGUCAUGACUUCGUGGGAGGACGAUAUUCAGACCGCCACCUCCGAUGAACCUUACUCCACCUUUCCAACGUCCCUCAACUUGGCCGAGUACACGUGGACCGAUGUCGGCAGCUACGGCAUGAUUUCGAUCGCGACGGCUUCUGGGCACUACGUCGGCUUCGACGGUUCUAGCAUUAUGGCUUCCGUCGUGUCCUCCGAAGAAGAGCCCGGCUGGGGGUGCGCGAGCAGGAUCAAGGAAACUGACGACAUGGGAACCAAGCGCUGCAUCAUCAUGGGCCCCCUCGAAGUUUAUUGA